AUGUGCUUGGUGGCCUCUUGCUCCGGAUCCAGUGUCGCAACCUCCUUGUCAAUGUCACACCAAUGCCCACCCCGUGAUUACCAAAGCCCAUUCAACCCUCUCCCACUCACCCUGGCCGCCGAGCUCAAGGACCGGAUCGUCAAGAAGGGCGGGGCUAAGGCCCACACCAAAACCAAUCUGCUACGCCAACGGAAGGAGAUCCCAAAGUCCACCUACAUGGAGAACCACGAGCUCCACAAUCCCCCCCUGUUUCUCUGCCCCCCGCACCUUCCCCCACCUUGUUCAACCAAGCUCAGCCCGCAAUCAACUUCACACAGCUUCAACCAGAAGAUCAAUGCCACUAUGUUCUGCAACUUGUCGGUCCGCUUCAUGGCCUGUGUGCUCCUCCACACAACCGUCUGUUGGAGCUUGCAAGCCUGGAGGAACCAGUGCCGGUGGCGCGACCAGAUUGACUGGAAUGAUCAGGUUUUCAUCCUCACCGGCGGCAGCAAUGGUCGGGGCAAGGGACUCGGGGAGACCUUGCCGUCAAAUACAUGA